AUGGCUACCUUUGAAAAUGGACAAAGGUUGACUAUGAAUGCCUUCUAUGGAAAAAUCAAAAGCCAAACAGCAGAUCGGAAGGGGCCAAGAGGAACUACCCAACUUCAGACCUCUCCAGGGAAAAACACAUUGGAAGGUCAGCUAUGGCCAGAGGCCCUGAAGAAUUUCCUAAAUCCCUGCAACCCAAAGAAGUUAGGACCGAAUGUGCCUUCUAAGUCAGUCCACUCUCUGAGGCCUUCUGACAUUAAACUGGUGGCAGCCAUUGGCAACCUGGACACUCCUAUAGACUCUGAGGUGGUCAGCCCAGAGAAGCCUGAAAGAUCAGAGAAGACCUUGUGGCAGACAUGCAUGCCAAUGGUGACAGUCCUCUCAGAUAUCAUCAGACAUUUCAACCCCGCUGUCCUCCUGCCUGUGUGCCCUCCUGGGAAGGGUGUGGCACCCCACCAUGGUGCUGAAGACUUGUGGAUUCAGGCUGAAGAACUCGUGAGAAGCUUGAAAGAGAACCAGCAACUUGACUUUCAACAUGACUGGAAACUCAUCAAUGUGUUCUUCAGUAAUGCAAGCCGAUGCUACCUCUGUCCCUCUAUUCAACAGGAAAGGCACGUGAAGAAUGACAUGGAAAGGCUGGCCCGGACCCUGGACUACCUGCAGGAGGAGGUACCCAAAGCAUUUGUGAACCUGGUGGAUCUCUCCGAGAUUGCAGCCGUGUCUCACUGGCAUCAGGGGGCUGGGCUCAGCGACCCCGUACCAGAGCCCUGUCACUGCCCAGAGAAGACUUCAAAGCUGGACAAGGUCAUCAUGCAAUGGUCCUAUCAGGAAGCCUGGGAAAGCCUCCUGGCCUCCAGCAGGUUCAGUGAUCAGGAGUCCUUUGCCGUGGUUUUCCAGCCUUUCUUCUACGAGAUGCUGCUGCCAUCAGAGAAGCCACUGCCCCACCAUCCUGCUGUGCUUGCCCUGAGCCUUUGGAACAACAUGAUGGAGCCAGCAGGACGCAAGGAUGAGCCGUUCCAUGCAGCAGAGAGGAAGCCCAUGAAAUGUCCCUCUCAGGAGAACCCCUAUCUCUUUACUUACAAGAACAGCAACUACCAGUCCAGAUUUCUACAACCCCAUGGACAGUCUGAGGUGAGAGAAGGGACAGAAAUCAGAUGUCCUGACAAGGACCCCUCCGACAUGAUCCCCACUUCAGUUCACAGGUUGAAGCCAGCUGACAUCAAGGUCAUCGGAGCCCUGGGCGACUCUCUCACAGCAGGCAAUGGGGCCGGGUCCAGAGUUGGAGCCAUCCUGGACGUCUUGACUCAGUACCGAGGCCUGUCCUGGAGUUGCGGAGGAGACCAGAACAUCAGCACGGUGACCACCCUGGCCAACAUCCUCCGAGAAUUCAAUCCUUCCUUGAAAGGCUUCUCUGUUGGCACGGGAAAGGAAACGACUUCUGGAGCCUUCUUAAACCAGGCUGUGGCAGGAGCCAAAUCUGAGGACUUAGCUGUCCAGGCCAGGAGGCUGGUGGACCUAAUGAAGAAUGACACGAGGAUACAUUUCCAGGAGGACUGGAAGAUAAUCACCCUGUUUAUAGGAGGCAAUGACCUCUGUGAUUCCUGUACUGACCCGGUUCACCAUUCACCCCAGAACUUCACAGCGAACAUCAGGAAGGCCCUGGACAUCCUUCAUGCUGAGGUUCCUCGGGCAUUUGUGAACCUGGUGAAGGCACUUGAGAUCAUUAACCUGAGAGAGCUGUACCUGGAGAAUAAAGUCAGCUGCCCACGGCUGAUCCUCAGGUCUUUGUGUCCCUGUGUCCUGAAGUUUGAUGAUAAUUCAACAGAACUUGCCUCCCUCGUGGAAAUAAACAGAAAGUACCAGGAGGGGACUCACGAGUUGAUUGAGAGUGGCCGCUACGACACCAGGGAUGAUUUCACUGUGGUUGUCCAGCCGUUCUUCGAGAAAGUGGAGAUGCCAAAGACCUCGGAAGGCUUGCCCGACAGUUCUUUCUUUGCACCUGACUGUUUCCACUUCAGCAGCAAGGCUCACGCCCGUGCAGCCAGUGCCCUCUGGAAAAACAUGCUGCAGCCUGUUGGCCAGAAGACAACACGACAUAAUUUUGAAGACAAGGUCAAUGUCAUGUGUCCAAACCAGGUCUGGCCAUACCUGAGCACCUACAAGAACAACAUGGAGGGCCUUGGGACCUGGCUGCCAUGCAGGGACAGAAAGCCUUCUGCCUCCCCUCCAGCCUCAGUGCAUGCCCUGAGACCUGCAGAUAUCCAAGUGGUGGCAGCUCUCGGGGAUACUCUGACUGCCGGCAAUGGAAUCGGCUCCAAACCAGAUGACCUCACCGAUGUCACCACACAGUAUCGGGGACUGUCCUAUAGUUCAGGUGGAGAUGGCUCCUUGGAGAAUGUGACCACCUUACCUAAUAUCCUACGCGAGUUUAACAGAAACCUCAUAGGCUAUGCAGUGGGCACUGGAGAUGCUGAUGCCGAUAAUGCAUUCUUCAACCAGGCUGUUCCUGGGGCAAAGGCUGAGGAACUCGUGAGGCAAGUCCAGAGUCUGGUACAGAGGAUUAAAGAUGACCAUAGAGUCAAUUUCCAUGAGGACUGGAAGGUCAUCACGGUGAUGAUUGGAGCCAGUGACUUAUGUGACCACUGCACAGACUCGAAUCUGUAUUCUGCAGCCAACUUUUUUGAUCAUCUCCGCAAUGCCCUGGACAUUCUGCAUACAGAGGUGCCCAGAGCCCUGGUCAACCUCGUGGACUUCAUGGACCCCAUUGUCAUGCGGCAGGUGUUCCUGGGGAACCCAGACCAGUGCCCAGUGAAGCAGGCCAGCCUUUUAUGCAACUGUGUUCUGAGCCUACGGGACAACUCCCAAGAGCUGGGCAGGUUGGAGGCCUUCACGCGAGCCUAUAAGGACAGCAUGCGCGAGCUGAUCGAGUCAGGCCGCUAUGACACGCGGGAGGACUUCUCCGUGGUGCUGCAGCCCUUCUUCCUCAACAUCCAGCUUCCCACCCUGGAGGAUGGACGUCCAGAUAUAUCCUUCUUCGCCCCAGACUGCAUCCACCCAAACCAGAAAUUCCACUCUCAGCUCUCCAGAGCCCUUUGGGCCAAUAUGCUUGAGCCACUGGGGAGGAAGACAGACACCUUGGACCUGACGGCAGACAUACCCCUGGCCUGCCCCACUCAGGAGGAGCCCUUCCUGAGAACCCUCAAGAACAGUAACUACACAUACCCCACCAAGCCAGCUGCUGAGAACUGGGGCAGCGACUUCUUGUGCACAGAGUGGACCCCUUCCCCAGGUGUUCCCACCACAGUCCACAAGCUCCGACCGGCAGACAUCAAGGUGGUGGCGGCCCUGGGUGACUCGCUGACUACAGCGGUGGGAGCUCGACCAGGCAAUUCCAGCCACCUACUCACAUCCUGGAGGGGACUCUCGUGGAGCAUCGGAGGAGAUGGGGCACUGGAGACUCACACCACACUGCCCAACAUCCUAAAGAAGUUCAACCCUUCCAUCCUUGGAUUCUCCACUGGUGUCUGGGCAGAGACAGCAGGAUUAAACGUGGCAGUGGAAGGGGCCAGAGCUCGGGACAUGCCAGACCAGGGCCGGGACCUGGUGGAGCGAAUGAAACAAAGCCCAGAAAUCGACCUGGAGAAAGACUGGAAGCUUGUCACACUCUUCAUUGGGGGCAGUGACUUGUGUCAUUUCUGUGAGAACCCGGAGGACCACUCAGCUGAGAAGUAUUUCCUGCACAUCCAGCAGGCCCUGGACAUCCUCUACAAGGAGCUUCCCAGGGCUUUUGUCAAUGUGGUGGAGGUCAUGGACCUGGCUGGCCUGCACCAGGGCCACGGUGGGAAAUGCGCCAUGCCACUGAUGGCUCAGAGCAAUUGUAGUUGCCUCAAACACUUUCAGAACUCCCUGGCAAUGCAAGAGCUGAAGAAAGUGAACUGGAAUCUCCAGAGUGGCAUGUCCAGGUUCUCCUACCUGCACCAGUACACGCAGCGGGAGGACUUCGCCGUGGUCGUGCAGCCUUUCUUCCGGAACACUCUUGUCCCCCUGAAUGAGCGAGGGAACAUGGACCUUACCUUCUUCUCUGAAGACUGUGUCCACUUAUCAGAGCGCGGUCACGCUGAGAUGGCCAUCGCUCUGUGGAACAACAUGCUGGAACCAGUGGGCCAAAAGACAACCUCCAACAACUUCACCUACAGCCGAGCCAAACUGAAGUGCCCAUCUCCCGAUAGCCCUUUCUUCUACACCCUUCGGAAUAGCGGGCUACUCCCAGACCAGUCUGAAGCCUUCAACGGGCUCUACUGGGCCCUGCCAACUGUAGCAAUAGGUGGCCUGGUCCUGGGUAUUCUCACAGUGACAGUGUGGAAAAGAAUUCGCCAAAGGGAAAAUUCUCCAACAGGCCAGAGCACUGCCCGCUUCUAGGCCCCAGUGAACUGAUCCUCAUUCGAUUUCCCAGCCACACACUCCUGACAAGCCCUAGCCAUCACAGACGGCCUUGCUUCCACACCUGGUGACAUCAGCAGCCAGAGGAACUGUCAUGACUUCUUGGGACCAAAGCUGCUUCUAGGCCUGUGCUCCAAGAAUUGGUAAAGUUCAAGAAAGGCCAGAGCUGUUCUGUUCUUGGCUCCACACACUUGCAGUCCUCACCCCUCCAUCUGUUGAGUACACAGAUGUAGGAGCCAGAGCCUAUCUGGUCCUGCAUCUCAUGCAGAGCUGCCCAAGUGCCCAGAGCCCACACCAGCCCCGUCUCAGCAUGAGACAACCCACAGCUGAAAGGGAAAGACAAACACUACACCAAGGACUAGAUGGAAUUUUGGAGCUGGCUAGCCCUUUGUGCAAUUCAACCAUUUCAUCUCCCAUUGUGUUUGGUGCCCGGGACCAUGGAGAGCAUUGUGGUUCCUUGCAGGCUAAUCAUGUCACAGCCUGGCUGAGAAGACAACUCCUUUAAAAGAAAAACAAAAAACAAGAGCCCCCAACCUGAUUUUCUUAAUGCUAAAUUUAGGCAAUAAUUCCUGGCUGUACACUAGCAGGUUUCUGAGAGAAAGCUAGAAAGAGUCUGAAAAUAUAAUCUGCUUCCCAGAGAGUUGUGUUAGGAGCAAGGCCAGAGAUUCUCAUUUCUACUCUGUACAAAACGCCCUGGAGGAAGCAAUGAAAUGUUCUGGAAAUGGGGACAGAACCUGGCACUGAUACAUUUGUUUCCAAUUAGUCCACUGUAUUCCACGUAAAUUUCACCUUAAUAAAAACAAACA